GGAGAAUGAAAAUGAUCGAUUUUUACAUAAUAAAAACUAUCUACGUUAUUUUUCAUAUAUAUUAUUUUUAUAAUCAAUGACAAUUUAAAUUUGCCAACAAUAAAGAGUAGGUACAGCAUUAUAAUAUGCCAUAUGGGUGUAUUAUUAUUUAUCAAAAUUAAAUGGUCAGCUGCCAACAUUUUUGAAGAUACGAAACCCAGUAUUUUUUGGCUUCUAGCGUGGAACUGAUGUUAAAUAAAAAUUUUAUACUUAAAAUUCUAUAGGGCUAUUUUUAUUAUUCACACUCGCAUACGUUAUUCAAAUACCGCACCAGUGACCAGCGCUCCAUUGUGCAAAUGCUAUUAUCAUACUCGGGUGACGGUUCUCGGUCGUCACUUGUCAGUUCGGUUAAAUAAUAGUGAUAAGAAUUUCGCUUCUUUUUAUCAGCUAUACCUUCAGGCUACACGAGGAUAAUUAUUUCACUUUUACCCUGUAUACCUACAUGUUUGGAUUUUGAAUAUUAUGAUACAUGCAAGUAAAAAUGUAUGCAAGUGUAUGUUUGCAAUAACUUUUGAACUUGCCGUUACGUUUCAAUAGAAAGAUAAUAUAUAAAUAUUUUAACGCAUUGAGCGACAAACUGGAGCAGAAUAAUAUGGCUGAUCCAAUUAUUGGCCGAAAAUCUACCCGAAGAAAACAGUGGACUUUACUAAAUCGAACACAAAAUCGGUACAACCGCUUUGGGAGCUAUUUAGCAGAAGACGGCUGGCCAGAUUCCCAGGUUGACUUAGCAAAACAGUUGCUCAAUGAGAAUUGUGAAGAUGAAAAAGAUCAAGAAGAAAAUGCCAGUUUAGGUGUUUAUUGGUUAAUCAAAGCUUCAUCACAAGGUCAUACAGAAGCUACUGAGUUGCUAAAAGAAUGCUUGGAGACUGGAAAAGGUAUUAAUGAACAUAAUUGGUUGGAUGUUAAAGUUUGUUUGGAAACAUCUCAAGAGGAUAAGAUUAUACAAAAAACUGCCCAUGAAAUAUUUGACAGUAUGUCGGCAGGAGAAGACUUUAUCACUAGUGAUCAAUUAAAAGAUGAAAUAAAUCAUGCGUGCUGUAAUAAGGCUUCCGGAUCAGAUCUUAUAAAAUUAAAUGACUCCAAUUCUAUAAAAUCAACUCGUCAUGAUUGGAAAUCGAGAAUAAAAGAAUCCGGUGAGAAACUAACUGAAGAUGUACUUAUUAAUGCUGCUAAAGAUUUUUCGCGUGGACAAAUGCCACUUGUGCAAAAGUUACUUACCAUUGAAGAAAACAAAAAUACCAUAACCACUACUUGUGAUCUUUUUCUUCAACCUGUCUAUAUCAUACGCUCUUACAAUCUCUGUUUGCAAGAAAGACUGAACAAACGUUUUACCAAACUGCCAUUUAAUCCGCUGUCAUAUUUUCAUGCUCCAACCUUGUUGCUAACAUUAUUUUGUUUUGUAUUGGGUUGGGAUGGAAUUUUUGCAGCAAUACCGUAUUUUUUGUAUUAUGGAUCGUUAUUUGCGAUGGUUGCAGCCACAGUGUGUGCAUUAUGCGCAAAAAGGGAUUACGGACGUUUCCGUCAAUGGUCAAAUUUGUUUAUUACCUAUAGUGGCGGUUGCUUAAGUGCUCAAGAAGCCGAGUAUCAACAUUUAAUGAAUACGCUUAAGCCUUAUGUAUUUUUUUUUGCGUCAUUGGGUAUUCAUUUGUUUAUGAAAACUGCAAUAGACACGAAUAUUAUGUUUCAAUCUGAAUUAACAGUUAUAUCAUCCUGCUUGACUUUUUAUACAUUGUACUCUUUUUCGUUAUGCGGUCCAAAGUUAGGGGAAACAAAAAAUUUUGACUUUAUUGCCGUUUUGUCAUUUUGUGUUAAUGUUUUGGCCAAAUAUCCUUACGAAACUGACGCAGUAGUGAGCAAAGGCUGGAGAUUUCUUAAUUUACAUGUGCCUACGUUUGCAUCAUAUGUUAUUGGAAAUGGCGUUGAAUUUUGUUUAAAUUUUCGAGCAUUAUUUUAUUUAAUAAUGCCAGCGAUUAUGAUAAAAAUGGCAGCUCGUAACAACUGGCGUGGAAUAUAUACAGACUUAAUACCUCAUUGCAUGACAUUGUCUUGGUGGCAAAUAGCUCUAGUUGCAUCACAAGAAUCAACUUGGUACGGAUUGGUUCGUACCACAUUGGCUUUGGUCUGCAUGUUUGUAUUGUUCCCUAUAACUGGAUUGUGCCUACCUUUUGUCACUAUUGGAAACAAUUUUGAAACUAUAUAUCAGAUUAUUCAAUUGCCUAUUAUUUUACUCGUUAUGUGGAUUUUGCAUAUUGUUAUACAAUAUGCAAAGCGAAAAGGAUUACGCACCGAAAAAUUCUACACUUAUUUACAGGUAUUUGUAGUUUUAGGAGGUAUUAUAGUAUGUGCAUUUAACAACUAUGAACGGAUACAGCAAUGGCUUGAACCGCCAACUAAACAUCAUUUAACAUUUCAUGACUACACUGAAUAUUGUCUUAAAGAUAACAACGUAAAAUCUGAAGGUACAGCAGUAUUAAAUGACAUCAAGUGCUCACAACUGAUUGACGCUAGCGUACAAUGGGAUGGCUUCAUCAAAAGCAGUAAAGUUGUUUCAAUAUACAAUCCGCUAUUAGCUGUUUUGAGUUUUUUCCCAACGAUUAUAGCGAAGCCUUUAACCUGUUUGUUGGGUGAACGUUUUCCAACAUGUACUGACAAUUUGGGCUGCAAUGAAAGCUCUAAAUUAUCAGAUUCGUGCCAUUUAUCUAAGUGGAAUAGGUAUACUUAUGAAAUUGAAGUAGAAAUGAGCAACAAUGGUGUGUGGGGUACCAGUGGUGACACAGUAAUACUGAUAACCAAUAGUCAAGAUCAUAUAAUGGAUAAUGCCACCAAGAGCUUGAAAGAGCUCGAUCACGUAUGGUUUUCUGGUCGCCUUAUUGGUAACAAAGAUGGUGUACUUGUAGCUAAUCGCCCUUGCGUUGAUGUUUCUGCAAUUGGAUGUUUAGCUUGUUCAAAUGUGCCAGCAAUAAGCAAUAGUGAACAAAAAUCAUUUGAUGACGAAUUUGUCAAAUGUGUUAAAAGACUGUUACAAUUCAUUUUAUAUCCUAUUGUAUUGUUUAAAUAAGUGUUGAGAUGAAAAAAAAUCUUUAUUUUAUUUACUAGUUACUAAAUUUAUAAAAUAAAAAACUAUUAAAUGUCUAAUAAUAUUUUUAAGAGUAAUUUACUAAUUUAGUGUAAGUUUGAUUUUUUGUAAUUUGCAAUACUGCAGCAUUGUAAGUUGUAGAUAGUAGUUUUUGAGUUU